GGUAAAUUGUUACUAAAAACCCUAAUAUUGGGUAUUUAAAAGGCAAAGUUCUACAAACCAAAUACAAGUUCAUUCAAGAUGUCAAUUCGCUGCUUUUUGUGCUCUCUCUUGUUACUAAUACAAUUUUACCAUGUUGCAAGCGAUCAAUUAGAGGUGAAUUUUUACUCAGAGACAUGUCCAAAUGCUGAAACUAAAAUCAAGGAAGAGGUUACAAAAUUGUACCAAAAGCAUGGAAAUACUGCAGUUUCUUGGAUUAGAAAUCUCUUCCAUGAUUGCAUGGUUAAGUCGUGUGAUGCAUCAAUCUUACUAGACGAAAAUAAAGCUAAUGGUGUACAGACUGAAAAAACAUCACAGAGAAAUUUCGGGAUGAGAAAUUUUAAGUACAUAGACAACAUCAAGGAGGCUAUUGAGAAUGAAUGUCCAUCAACUGUUUCUUGUGCUGAUAUCAUUGCUCUUACUGCACGUGAUGCUGUUGAACUGUUAGGUGGGCCACAUAUAGAAAUGAAGACCGGACGAAGAGAUAGCCUUGAAAGCCAUGCAUUAGAAGUUGAAGCUUACAUACCUAACUUCAAUGAUUCAAUGUCAUUUGUCUUAUCUCGCUUCCAACAAAUUGGCGUCGACACUGAAGCCACCGUUGCUCUUUUUGGGGCUCAUUCCGUAGGAAGAGUGCAUUGUGUAAAUAUAGUAAAUCGACUAUACCCGACCACAGAUCCGACCCUAGACCCAGACUACGCGGAGUACCUCAAAAGAAGAUGCCCAACACCAAUUCCAGACCCAAACAAAGUAGAAUACGUAAGGAAUGAUCUAGAAACACCAAUGGUGCUAGAUAACAUGUACUACAAGCACUUAUUGAACAACCAAGGGCUUCUACUAGUUGACCAAGAACUAGCUACUCAUUCUUCUACUUUGCCCUUUGUUCAACAAAUGGCUGCUGAUAAUGGCUACUUUCAUGACCAAUUUGCUAGAGCAAUGCUCAUAAUGUCGGAAAAUAACCCACUUACUGCUGAUCAAGGCGAUAUUCGGAUUGUUUGUUCCCGUUUAAAUUCGAAUUAAUUUAAGUAUUAUCUCUGUUUUGAAAUUUUUAUAACUGAUUGUGAUUCAAUUAUAAAUAUAAUCAAACGGACGAAGUAUAGGUAGAGUAGAUCGAAUAAAAAUUGAUAAAGCUAUAGUUUUAAGUUUUAAGUCUUUAAGAAUCUUAUUUUAGUUGGAUAUACGUUUGAGAAUCUUGUUUUAGUUAAUUAUUAUGGU